CUACUACCGAAUACCGGGAACGAGUGACGGCGCGCCGCUGUCGAGAAGUGAAUUCCACACCGGGACUAACUCUCACGACUACGGUAGUACUAAUAUGCUCGUUUCGACAAACUCAGGAGGAAUCUCGGCUACUUCUCAGGACAAGGACGAGAUCGUGAGGACCAUGAAGGAGAUGUUUUACCACCUGGAUCCGGAAGUUCUUUACAUUGUGUUGGCCGAGUGUGACUUCAAAGUUGAGAAUGCGAUGGAUUCUCUCCUGGAGCUGUCUGUAGCAGCUGAGCGUGUUGGCCCCCUCCCUCCCCUCCUCUCCGGGUUUGAGCUUACCGCAGCUCUCCUCAGCCCCCAACACAACUCCUCCAAACCAGACCUUCACCCCCACCCUCCUACGGGGAGUCCGCUGUCCCCCUCUCCCUCCCGACGGGCCCCUCCUCUCCGCAGCGAAGAUAACCAGGACCUGACCACUGACUUGACGGAAGAGUUUGAUGUUCUGAUCGACCGUGAGCUGGAGAAUCUUACCCUACAGCAGGAAGCUGAAGCGAGGGACCACGGUGAUCUUCACUCCUCUUCCUCAUCCGUCUCUUCCCUCUCCUUCCCCCCGUUCAGCCCCGGGCGCCCAGCAACAGGCCCUGCCACAGCCGCUCCAGUCCAGCCCAAGAGCCUCAGCCUCCAGGAGGGGGCUCCCAGGGACCAGCCAUGCCCAGACAGGGUGUUCUCAGCUGGGCAGGCUAGCGGACCUCACUCCCCUGUCUCUGACCUGAGCCUCAACUUCUCUGGAGGAGCAGCCGGUUACCGGCGGCAACGGUCAUUACUGGACUUCAGCCAUCUGACUUCAUCGCCAUCCGAGACGGACAGAACUAAACCCAGCCUGCUUUUGGACCCAGGGGCCGCCGAUCGCCCCUCUGCAUUCCAGGCAUACAGGAAACUGGACCAGUUCACCGUUCAUCCAGAGGGCGAGCGGACCGUACCACCAGGUGGCGUAGUAAGGGGGGCGAGGACGAAGACGAGCGUCGCAGGAGAAGAAGAGCGACUCAACAACCCGUCGUUCUGGAAUACUCGAGCGCCGGAGUUCCAACCGCAUGUCCGCGGAAAUCAGGCAACGGGGCCGGCAUUUAUCGUCCCUGUGGCGCUAAGCCCCUCCUCCUGGCACACCCGAGCCACACCCGCCUCCCACUGGUUGGCCCAGGGCCCUGUCGGUCAAGCCGCGACCGUCCCCAGGUCUUGGACAGGGGGUGUGUCUGCUGGCCCCAGAGCACCCCUCCUCUCUGGGCAACAUGGUAGGCUCCGGCUGGAGGGGCGUGUCCUAGUGCUGCUACGGGGAGCUCCUGGGUCGGGCAAGUCCACCCUGGCCCGGGUCAUGCUGGAACAGAACCCACAUGGGGUGGUGUUGAGCACGGAUGAUUAUUUCUGUCGUCAUGGGGACUAUCGCUACGACCCCUCAGCUUUAGGGGAGGCCCACGAAUGGAACCACGCUAGAGCCCAGGAAGUGAUGGAGGCCUCUUUCUCUCCUGUCAUUAUUGACAACACCAACAUGCAGAGCUGGGAGAUGAAACCCUACGUAACUAUGGCUCUGAGGCACAACUACAAGGUUUUGUUCCGGGAGCCUGGUACCUGGUGGAAGAACAAACCCAGGGAAUUGGAGAGACGUACUAGGCACAGUGUUAAAGCAGAGAAGAUCCGUUGGAUGAUGGAAAAUUAUGAUCGUCACGUGACCAUUCACUCCAUCAUGGGGAGCGCUCACCCCAAACUACCCCCCAUUACGACCCAACACGACCCCCAUCACGACGCCAAACUACCCCCCCAACAGGACCCAACACGACCCCCCAUCACGACGCCAAACUACCUCCCCAACAGGACCCAACACGACCCCCCCAUCACGACGCCAAACUACCUCCCCAACAGGACCCAAGCCCACCCCAUCAGGAGGCCAAACUACCCCCCCAACAGGACCCAAGCCCACCCCAUCAGGAGGCCAAACUACCCCCCCAACAGGACCCAAGCCCAACCCAUCAGGAGGCCAAACUACCCCCCAACAGGACCCAAGCCCAUCCCAUCAGGAGGCCAAACUACCACCCCAUCAGGAGGCCAAACUACCACCCCAUCAGGAGGCCAAACUACCCCCCAUGGAGGCCAAACUACCCCCCAUCAGGAGGCCAAACUACCACCCCAUCAGGAGGCUAGCCCACCCCAUCAGGAGGCCAAACUACCCCCCCAUCAGGAGGCCAAACUACCACCCCAUCAGGAGGCCAAACUACCACCCCAUCAGGAGGCCAAACUACCACCCCAUCAGGAGGCCAAACUACCACCCCAUCAGGAGGCCAAACUACCACCCCAUCAAGAGGCCAAACUACCAACCCAUCAGGAGGCCAAACUACCACCCCAUCAGGAGGCCAAACUACCACCCCAUCAGGAGGCUAGCCCGUCACAGCCCAAGUCCUCAGACAAGGCCCGCCGCGACCUGGUAGGAGAGCAGCGAUUGGUCCAGGGCUCUGAGAGGUCCUGCCCCCAGCUCUCCUCCUCGCUUCCCGACGUGUCGUCGGCCGGCCGCUCCGGGAGAGCCAUAACCCCGGAUCACAGCUCUGCCCACGGGUCCACAGGUUCCGUCUCCCUCAGUGGAAAGGCCUCAGAAAAAUGUGGAAUUCUGGACAAUUCUAAAAUUCUGGAUGAGGAGGAUAUUCUUGAUUUAGGAGCGGUGGUCUCUGAACCGGAAGCUCCGUGGCAACCGGACGACGAGGGGAACAGGGGGGAGGAAGAGGGAGAGACAGGAAUUCCCCACUGUCUGGUGGAGUCUGUGUUUAGUGCAGAUUUCCAUGGUGACGACGAGAGGCCCGUGGCUUUCUCCGAGUCGAUUGGUCAGAGGGUGAGGAAAGAGAGGAGGAGUAGAACUAGGAAGACGGACUCUGAUAGGCUGGAGCCUGCUGUCAUAGUGAAGGACACUAGCCAAUCAGUGAGCGAGGGGGAUGGAGAGAGAGAGGAUGGAGGAGGGAAGUUGGUGGGAGAAAUGGGUGAUGGGGGAGAGCAGGUGUGGGAUGUGGGAGAGAGGAGGGUGAGGCCUGAGUUGUUGGAGUUUGUUGGAGACUGGCCUUCAGAGGAGGUACUGGAGCAAAGAAGAGGAGGAGGAAGGAAUGGGAGGCGCCCUGGGAGGGAGAAAGAGGGAGGUGGUGAGGGGGAGGAGGCAGAUCCCAGAGGCAGCCAAUCAGAAGGGCAUCCUGGUCGCGAGCCUCAUGUCACAGAGUUCCAGAAGCUUCUAGAGCUCUUACAGACGGGUGUUGACUCCUCCCCCCUGCCCACCUGCCCCUCCCCCCUGCCCACCUGCCCCUCCCCCGUCCCCUCCCUUAGCUCAGACCGUUCACUUGGAGAAGGAGGAGAGAGGGGUGAGGCAGGAGGAGAGAGGGGUGAGGCAGGAGGAGAGAGGGGUGAGGCAGGAGGAGAGAGGGGUGAGGCAGGAGGAGAGAGGGGUGAGGGAGGAGGAGAGAGGGGUGAGGCAGGAGGAGAGAGGGGUGAGGCAGGAGGAGAGAGGGGUGAGGCAGGAGGAGAGAGGGGUGUGGGAGGAGGAGAGAGGGGUGAGGCAAGAGGGAGGAGAGGGGAGGCGGAUAAAGACCGAGUCCUGAGUCGGGAGGAAUUACCUGACUGUGUGUUGGCUAACCCUAACUCAACCCAGGUGGUUGGAUCCAAUACCGUGGAGCAGAGGGAGGGAGAGACCAUUCAGGCCGCCGGAGAGGGGGGGACUCAGGGUUUAGUUGAGAAAGACUUGUUGGAGGUAGGAGGAAGCCAUCUUGGUAAGGUCAGUCAGUGUACUGAUAGUGACAGCCAUAUUGGUGAGGGCAGUGUGGAAGCUGGUGAAGGCAGCCAUGUUGGUGAGGUCAGUCAGUGCACUGACGCUAGUGAGACCAGGAUGGAAGGUGAAGUCGGCCAUCUUGGUGGGGGCAGUGAGGAGCGGAGGCAGAGUCGCAGGGCUGAGAAACAGUGCAAGCUGGCGCUCACCUUCACAAACAACACCCCUCCCUCCCCCAAACCACAGACAGACCCUGACCUCGACCCUAACUCUGACCUUGCCCCUAAUCUUGACUCUGACCUCGACCCUAACUCUGACCUUGCCUCUAAUCUCGACUCUGACCUCGACCCUAACUCUGACCUUGCCCCUAAUCUCGACUCUGACCUCGACCCUAACUCUGACCUUGCCCCUAAUCUUGACUCUGACCUCGACCCUAACUCUGACCUUGCCCCUAAUCUCGACUCUGACCUCGACCCUAAUCUCCACUCUGACCUCGACCCUAAUCUCCACUCUGACCUCGACCCUAAUCUCCACUCUGACCUCGACCCUAAUCUCCACUCUGACCUCGACCCUAACUCUGACCUCGACCCUAAUCUCCACUCUGACCUCGACCCUAAUCUCCACUAUGACCUCGACCCUAAUCUCCACUCUGACCUCGACCCUAAUCUCCACUCUGACCUCGACCCUAAUCUCCACUCUGACCUUGACCUCAACCUUAAUCUCGACUCUGACUUUAGCCCUAACCUCGACUCUGACUUUAGCCCUAACCUCGACUCUGACUUUAGCCCUAACCUUGACCCUAAUCUCGACUCUGACCUUAACCCUAAUCUCGACUCUGACCUUAACCCUAACCUCAACCCUGACCUCAAACCCAACCUCGACCCUGACCUUAACCCUAACCUCAACCCUAAUCUCGACUCUGACCUUAACCCUAACCUCAACCCUGACCUCAAACCCAACCUCGACCCUGACCUUAACCCUAACCUCAACCCUAAUCUCGACUCUGACCUUAACCCUAACCUCAACCCUGAUCUCAACCCUAACCUCGAUCUCAACCCUAACCCCAGCCCUAACCUCAAACCUAACCUCCAACCUGACCUCUACCCUAAUCUCAACCCUGACCUUAACCCUAACCCCCACCGCCCCUCCCCUCCUCCGUCAUUGGCCGACACAGAUCACUCCUCCCAGACCGACCCGCAAGACUUCGCCUUCCUCUGGCGUCUCGACC